AUGGCCACGCCGUGCGCUCUGCUCUGGCCGCGGCUGCCUCCACUUCUGCUGCUGCUGCCGCUGCUCGGGGUCUCCCAGACUCGGGGCUCACCGCCCUUGCUGGUGCCCACCGCCUCACUCCGGGGCCAGCUAAGCGGAGCUCCCCUCCCAGCCGCCGAGCUGGAGCCCGAGCCGGAGCCAGGCCCCCCUCUCGGGCUUCCGCCGCCUCGGCUGCCUGCGCCCUGGGAGCGGGAGAACAGCACCGGGGCCCCAGCGUCCCCUGGCCCCGAGGACCCUCCUCCCCGCCGGGGGGUUGCGACGCCGCGGGCAGCGCCUCUCCGAGCCCCCGGGGGUCGGAGCGCGAUCACGGCUGCCGUGAAAAGUCACAAGCCAGAUAAAAGUUCUGAGCUCCAAAGAGAAAAUUUCACAACUCCUUCUCUCAAUUACAAAAACAUUUCGACUGUGGUCCUUGAAGGUCUUGAGACAUUUCAGAAUUCCAGCAACAACAGGACCACACUGGAUGCCCCGGGAAGCGUCACUGUAGCAUUCGAAACAUCAAAAUCCAGAGGGAGUACCACCAGUAGGAUGAGUGAUACUCCAUCGCUUGGGCAUUCUUCAGAGAUACCCUCUGUCCCGUCCUCUCGGAAAAACCCCUCAGCCCUGGAAAGCUUCCAUCAGGCAUCGAGCAGUUUAGAGUCAGAAGGAAGGACUGCCACCAUCUCAGACUUCCUAACAAGGGGAAAAGAGAGGACAUUCAGGUCUUUAACCAAUAUCACUCCGUCCACGGAAGCUGGAGAAGGAGCUAUUCCUUCUACAGAAACAUCCACUCCUUCCAGUUUGAUGCAUCCUUUGACUUCUGCAUUGGAGACUGAAGGACCAAAAAUCUUCUCUCCUGGGAGAAAUCACACAAAACAGCCAUGGCCACAUUUCUCCAGGACAUCAACUCACCCAUCUCCUUCAACCAAGUCUUCAUCCCCUGAAACUAGGACAGAAUCAAGGAACUCAACUACUUCAAAUACUUUGGCCAGUCAGACAGACAGGACAGACAUUUCUACCACAUUCAUCCAAGAUGCCUCAAGGACUCUUCAGUCUUCAACUAAUACAAGUUGGUUGGUAAAUGGAACAGAAGGCUCAACGAAGCAUUCUGGAAUGGCCAGCUCUUCAGCGUCGACCCAUGCCUCAUCUUCCUUAGGGGAGGCCAGAAGAAAAAGUCCAGUGACAAGGCAUCCGAGUGAUGCAAAAUCCAUAGAGCCCUCAACAGAUGACAGUUUGGGACACCCUUCUUCCGGGACCUCCACUCUGUCUUUACAAAAUGAUUCCUCAAUCUUUGAAGGAGACCAUCAGCUGCCCGUUACUGAUGCCGAUGCUGGGGAUGACAAUUCUAGGACUCAGACCGAGGCUGGGUUCAAUUUUGAGACUUUCACCAGAGGUGGGAAGGACGCGUCCCAUUGGUUCAUGACCAACCAAAGAGCUUCUGUGUAUGUGAACGAAAACUCUACUUUGUAUCCUGAGAUGGUGAACCCUUUAGUCCUGACCCAGCUCUCCAAGCAGUGGGCAGGAAGUCGUACAGAUCCAGAUGAUACGCAUCUCCUUGAGCCUUCUACAGGAUCAUCAGCAUCUUCCUCAGAGAUGUUGGACUCUUCGUCACAGAGUCAUCCUUUAUACACUGAAGGGAGCCACGAGCUGGGGAGAAGGUCAGGUUCAGAAGAAAGCACUUCCAGUUUUCUUCAUCCCAGUCCAGACAUCUCAGCUACUUCAUCUAGAAAUGGAGAGAGGACGUUGCGAUCUCUUACCAAUAGCAGCCUGCCUUCUGGUGGAGGGGAGCACUCCACAGUGCUCAUCCGUGGCACCGAGGGCACCAUUCCUCACCUGGGAGUCACAGACACCACAGGCUCGCUCUCAGCUUCAUCAGACCCAUUGCAGACCCAAGACGCUACUGGAAGUAACCAUGGACCAAUGGGCAGCACACAUGUAGGAAAAAGGACACCCAGCUACCAUACAGACAGCACCUAUAUUUCAUCAACCUCCACCAAAGUAAAAGACAGGACACUGUUGUCUAUUACAAAUAACAGCACAUCUCCAGACACCAUUGAGACCUCGACCGCACACAACAGAACUUCUAGCUCCUCAGCUUUGGAACAGGCUUCUUCUUCUUCUCUUCCCAAAGGAAACAACAUCUCAUCAAGUGAAGGGGAAUUUGUCCUUCCUUCCACUGAGCCAUUGGUUGUGAGUUCUUCUGAUUUACCAGCAUACACGUCUACGGUCAGUGUUCCCCCCAACACAUUGCUACUUCAAGCCUCUGAAUCUGUGUCCGCUGAUCACUCCUCUUCAUCUUCGUCAUUGUCACCUUUGCCAUCCCCCUCAGUGUCACAGCUAAGUCAACCAUUUUCCUCAACCCCAUGGCCAACACUGGCUUCUUCCCCACUCUUGUCUUCCGUGGCUGAAUCCUCCGAGACCAUGUCGUCCUCACUGCCUCCUUUAUCAACCCACUUGAUAGAAACCACCCCAUCCCCGAUGAUAUUCCAACAGUCGUCUUUACCGCACUUGUCUUCUACCUCAGUCCUCCCCAGUGAUGAUCCUUGGGCAAGAGAGUCCUCUGUAACUUCGACUGAUACGCUGACAGAUUUAUUCACUACUGUGGUUCACAGUAGCCCAUCAGCAGAUCAGAAGAAUCAGAGUGUCCCCUACCAGGAGCAAACUAGUAUGGGGUCAAAGUCACCACCUCCAAAUCUUCCACCCACAGAAUCAACAGAAGUGCUAAAUAAUACUUCUACAGCCAAGGUCCCUUUACCUCCAGUCCCAACAGAGUCCUUCAGAGAGCUAACCCUCCCAGCUACCAGCACCACUUCAGCCCAACCAUUACCAGUUAUGACAACCACAACUCAUGCAACCACUCAGCCUUCAACAAUUUCGACUGAUCUCCCACCUCCAAUAAGUGUUAUUACGACCGUGAAAACAACAACAGAGAAGACCAUUUUGCCCAUUAGACCCAAGAAUAUGACGUCUCAGAGAACCACCGACAGUCCUGCCACCACUGAAGCUAGCAGAGUUGAGACCAGGGCCACCACCAAAUCGAUCCCCACCACUGGUAUAUUCACACCUGUGCAUGAACUGAGCUCGAGGGGAGGAACUCAAGAAGAGGCCACUCCCACUGCCCAUUUUCACAUGGUAUCAUCUCUUUCCCCACAAACUACAAAGGCUUCUACUCCUACACCGUUGACUCUUAAGCCAACCACUGUAGUCCCACUGAGCAGCGUGAGACCAGUGAUGACAUCGCCCUCAACAUCAGUCAACAGAUGUGUUGCAAACCCUUGUCUUCAUGAUGGGAAAUGCUUUGUGGAUUCUACUGCUCGUGGAUAUCGGUGUGUCUGUACCCCUUCGUGGCAAGGCGAUGACUGCAGUGUGGAUGUGAAUGAAUGCCUGUCGAACCCCUGCCCACCUCUGGCCAUAUGCAACAACACCCAGGGAUCCUUUGUCUGCAGAUGUCCUGUUGGGCACCAAUUAGAAAAAGGAAUCUGUAACUUGGUUAGAACAUUUGUGACAGAAACUAAGUUAAGAAAAACUUUUGCGAAUGCUACUGUUGAAAAGCAUUCAGAACUGCGUCAAGUUGAGGACGAGAUCAUCAAAAUGCUAAACAUAUCUCUUUCGACAUUACCUGGUUAUGCCAGAUCCACCGUCCAAGCCGUCAGGGAUUCUGGCACUGUGGUCGUCUCGCUGCAGACCACCUUCUCCUUGGCAUCAAAUGUGACGGUGUUUGAUUUGGCAGAGAGGGUACAGAAAUACACCAGCACCUGCACAUCCCCAGUGGAGACCUGCCAAUUCUUGAAGUCUCUGGGAAGGCUCUUUAGAGCUGGUAGUUUAUGUAAAAAGAAAAGUCCAGAAUGUGAUAAAGAGACCUCUAUCUGCACUGAUUUGGAAGGUGUCGCCCUAUGUCAAUGCAAGGCUGGGUACUUCCAGUUUAACAAGAUGGAUCAUUCCUGCCGAGCUUGUGAAGAUGGAUACAGACUUGAAAAUGAAACCUGCAUGAGUUGUCCAUUUGGUCUCGGUGGUCUCAACUGUGGAAACCCUUAUCAGCUUAUCACUGUGGUGAUUGCAGCUGCUGGAGGCGGCCUCCUUCUCAUCCUAGGAAUCGCCCUGAUUGUUACCUGCUGCCGAAAGAAUAAAAAUGACAUAAGCAAACUCAUCUUCAAAAGUGGUGAUUUCCAAAUGUCCCCAUACGCUGAGUACCCCAAGAACCCUCGAUCACAGGAAUGGGGCCGAGAGGCCAUCGAGAUGCAUGAAAACGGCAGUACUAAGAAUCUCCUCCAGAUGACUGAUGUCUAUUACUCUCCUACAAAUGUCAGGAACCCAGAACUUGAACGAAAUGGCCUCUACCCUACCUACACUGGCUUGCCAGGAUCUCGGCAUUCUUGCAUCUUUCCCGGACAGUAUAACCCUUCUUUCAUCAGUGAUGAAAGCCGGAGAAGAGACUACUUUUAACAGCAUGGGACAGUGCACAGCCACUGUCAUUCUGUGUUAUUUACACAUGAAUUCUAUCUACUCAAGGAACGGAACCAGGAAGACCCCUCCCUCCCCCGCUGGAAUGCUUGCUGCUUCACAGACCAUUCAGAGCUGAAGGUUACACGGCAGGCAGACAAGGGAUGGGACAGAAGAUUUAAAGAUGGCGAAGACUGAAAAGAGUUGCUCAGUUACAGGCUGCUCAUUCUUUACUCUUCAGUGUUCGUAUGUGUUACUGUGAAACGUGGUAAUUGGUCAGUAAGAAUAGAUUUGCUUUUGAGUGACAUGUCAUGGAUGCUACCACUAGGGAGGAGUGUAGUUGUUUGGUGCCAUUUCAGAGACCCACUUUAGCUCACUUUAGGCUUUAGUGAUUUGGGUUUGUUUGUUUGUUUUUUAAAUACACUUUACCAAGCUCAACUUGAGACUGCUCCAGAAUGGAAUCCUGGCUACUUUGGACAGCUCCUUUGGAUAUUGUUAUUGGAUGGCCAUGUUGCAGCAAAGCAUUGACUGUUUUGAACUUAUUUAUCUCCAUAAUUAGUCUUCCUCAGUGCCUAUGUGCUGAACAAUGAGUGUGUUCUGAUCACACUCAGUAAAUGCCCUGAGGCACUAGAGAAAUUUUGGUGUAAUGUAUAGUCUUCUAAUAUGCUUCUAGAUCUUAUUCCGUAGUUUCGAGCCAAGCAGAAGAUGAGCUGUGAGCCCAGGAUUUACUGUAUCACAGAAGGUGACAGGAAGUGAGGUUGUGAAGUGCCACAAAUUGUUAGAUGAAACAUUAGAGUUGUUCCCCCAGUACAUUUUUUAUCAUAGCAAUGUCCCUUUUCAAAAAAUGAUUCCCUCUUUAUUGAGUUUAAGAAUUGCUUUCAACAAACUGGGAUCAAGGCAAUAUCUUGUAGAGAUAGUUUCAGCCAUAGUGACUCAUGGAACCAUCUUUGAAGUCAAAGUAUCAAUUCAUCUGCCCUUCAUUUACAGUUGGGGCCAAUGGAUAUAAUUUGGGGCUCACAGUAGCGUGGCUCCCAAGAAGAGGAGCACACGGAUCUAGAAGCCUCUGGUAACCAUCUCCUGCCUACUCCCAGUCUGUGAAAAUGGAGUGGUGCAAAACCAUCUAUUUUGUGCCCACUGGCUUUGCCGUGGGCUCAUGUUCAUGACAGAUCUCUGCUGAGAGAAGCUCUUGUUUAUGGGUUAUAAGGAAUUUUUAAAGGUAGGGGUGGAAUGCGUGUGUGUGUGUGUGUGUGUGUGUGUGUGUGUGUGUGUGAUUUGGGUUUGAACUGGGUAUUUCAUUGCUUUGGGGAAAGAAGCUGGAAACAACUAUCUUUUGUAAUUGGAUAUUGGCAGUUGCUGGAAAAAUUGGCUGAAUAAGCAAGCUAGAUUUCACCAAAAUGACCACGCCAUUAGAAGCCAUACCGGCUCUUCAUAAAGGAGUAGGGAGGCCUAAUGGUGCCAUAUGUACGUUCUCCUUACAUGUCUGUGCCGACUGCAUCAGUAAUCUUGUCCAUAGGGCUCAGUGUUAGAGAGGUGAUCAUUGAAAGCUGUUUCUUCAUUGAAGAAGUAACAUGUAAAUUGUUUUCUCUUGUCCAUCAGUCUUCCCUUUGUUGAACUACUAUGUAGUUCCCCUGAAACUUGGUAAUAUUUCGGGAAUGUUAUCAGACAACUAAGGAUUUUUAAACAAGUAAAGACUUCAGUGUCUGCCUUUUGGAAAAGAAUGUCCUAUACAUCUGUUUAUUAUGUCCAUGAUUUAGGGCUUACAUCGGUCACCUGAACAGCUCUCAGUGUCUGGAACUAAUACCUGUGAAACUAUGUUGGGUCUACUUCCCAGAUACCAUCCUGGUGUCCAGACAAGGUGAAGAAAGAACAAAUUGGAAAACUGUUGCCAGCACAGAAGGCUAAGUCUUACUGGCAGCAUAGUUUUCUGGAAAUGGCUUAAACACUUUGGGAGCAGUUAUUUCUGCUUAAUGGAGGAAUGGUUACUUCUGGAUUAUCUCAGCUCUUCAAAAUGCAAUAUGAUAGGACAGGCCACUUAAAACACUUUCAUUAAAAAAAUUUUAAAAAACCACUUUCAUUCAAGCAUGACAUUAUUCUAAUAGCACUGUUUGGAUGAAUGCACAUGUUUUUCCAUUGGUCACCAGAGGCUUUCUCUUUCAUAAUUACAGCUCUGCUAUUGCAGAGAAUGCUUGUUGGGUGCAAUGCACCUUAGUUGUUAAAACAAAUUGGCCCGCACCUCACAGGAUGCAAGCAGGAUUCAGGUAUCACUGAUGGAUGCUAUGUUUUUUUUAAAGGCAUUAAAAACUUCCUUCUGAAUCAUGGGUGAGGUCUUCCAUGACUUUGUCAGAAUCUAGUAAUGCUUCCUGCCUCACUCUAUCCCAUCCUGCUAACUAGCUUAGAGUUAUUACUACCCACUGUUUGUGUCACUCUACUCCAGUCCAAGGCCUAUUAUCUCUAUGAUGGGAAUGAGCAAAAGAAGCCAGUUAGUAAGGGGCACAGAAUUGUGGAGGGGGGGGUGCUCCACUAGAGCUUACACAAUUACAAAAACAGCCUGCUGCUUCUGGGCAAUCUGGUGAUCUUAAUGGCCUCUGACAAAUGCAGCAAACCAUCACUUCCUGGUGCAGGGCAAUGAGCUAGGUAUUCUACCAAAUGGUGACCUUGUCUCAUCUCAGAAUCAUUCAUGAGAAGGGUCUGGGAAUGUGUUUGAGCUUAAGUCUAAAAGAGAGAACCAUGUGACUUCAAGGAUUUUUUCUUUACUGGUAGGACUUUAUAGAGGAAGAUGUUUCAUGUGAAAAUGAGGGGUUUCAGAAAGUGUGCUUAGCAUAGUAUCUCCAUAUAUCUCCAAGUGAUCUAAGGAGGCAAAUAGGUCUAAGGAAAAUUACUCCAAGUGUGAAUUGUGUGGAGAGAAGUGUGCUUGUGAACAAUGGAGCUCAGGUCUCCAGUUUAAGCAUAGGCACGUAGCUUUAGAACUGAAAGGGACCUUAGAGGAGGCCAUUUAAUCCACCUUUCUCAUUUUACAGAGAUGGAAA